GCCGAACCGCUGUAUCGGCAGGCCUUGACGAUCCGCCAGCGCGUGCUGGGCGAGGAGCAUCCGGAUACGGCAGAAAGCUACAACAAUGCCUUGGACAUCCGCCAGCGCGUGCUGGGCGAGGAGCAUCCGUAUACCGCCAACAGCACCAACAAUGUCGCGACUAAUCUCACUGCGCAGGGGCGCUAUGACGAAGCCGAACCGCUUUUUCGGCAGGCCUUGGACAUCCGCCAGCGCGUGCUGGGCGAGGAGCAUCCGGAUACCGCCACCAGCACCAACAAUGUCGCGGAAUCUCAUGCGCAGGGGCGCUAUGACGACGCCGAACCGCUGUAUCGGCAGGCCUUGGAUAUCUUCCAGCGCGUGCUGG